GGGGAGUGGCCCGGAAUAAACUCCUUCUCCGGCUCUUACUGCCUGCUGACACGGACUGGGGUUUUUUUUCCUACUCGAAACGAGAAGAAUGGAGCAAACUUUCUGAGGAAACAUGGCGGAGAAGUGGAACCGCGUUUGAGCGAGUUGUUGCGGAGUUUCGCGGUGGAGCUGUGGGACAUGGUGGCGGUUUGGCGCCUCGUCAUUCACGAACUUUAAAAAAGGAUGGAGGCCUCGUGUCUGGAGCUGGCGCUGGAGGGAGAGCGUCUGUGUAAGACAGGUGAUUACCGUGUAGGCGUCUCCUUCUUCGAGUCUGCCAUCCAGGUAGGGACGGAGGACCUGCAGAUCCUCAGCGCCAUCUACAGCCAGCUGGGCAAUGCCUACUUCCACCUCCAGGACUACACCAAAGCGCUCGAAUUCCACCGCCAUGACCUCACUCUUACCCGAACAAUCGGAGAUCACCAGGGCGAGGCCAAAGCAAGCGGGAAUCUCGGGAACACACUGAAGGUUCUGGGCCGGUAUGACGAGGCGGCGACUUGUUGCCAGAAACACCUGGAUAUUUCUCGGAUGCUCCAUGACAAGGUGGGGCAGGCACGGGCGCUGUAUAAUUAUGGGAACGUGUACCAUGCCAAGGGGAAGAACAUAUGUUGGAGUGGGACGGACCCUGGAGAGUUUCCAGAGGAGGCGCGUAUCGCGUUAAAGAAAGCAACAGAGUAUUAUGAAGCAAACCUGUGCAUCGUGAAAGAGUUGGGCGAUCGAGCAGCACAAGGACGGACGUUCGGCAACCUGGGGAACACGCAGUACCUGCUGGGGAACUUUGAGAACGCGGUGCUGGCUCACGAACAGCGUCUCCUCAUCGCUAAGGAGUUCGGUGACCGGGCUGCCGAGAGGAGGGCUUACUGUAACCUGGGAAACGCGUACAUCUUCCUGGGCCAGUUCGAGGUGGCAGCUGAAAACUACAAACGCACGCUACAGCUGGCUCGGCAGCUGAGGGACCGGGCGGUAGAGGCUCAGGCCUGUUACAGUUUGGGCAACACGUACACCCUGCUCCAGGACUACGAGAGAGCCAUCGACUACCACCUUAAACACCUCAUCAUUGCUCAGGACCUUAAAGACAGGAUAGGAGAAGGGAGAGCGUGCUGGAGUUUAGGGAACGCCCACACAGCUCUGGGAAACCACGAACAGGCCGUACACUAUGCCGAGAAACAUCUGGAGAUUUCCAUCGAGAUUGGAGAUCGGAGCGGAGAGCUGACAGCCAGAAUGAAUGUUUCAGACCUGCAGCUGGUGUUGGGUCUGAAACAGAACCACGCUGCGAGCUACAUGGACGGCCCGGUGGACAGUACCAGUAAAACAGGAAUGAAACCCAGGUCGGGAAGGAGACACAGCAUGGAAAACAUGGAACUUAUGAAACUUAAUCAAGACAAGAGUCCUGGAGCAGCGAGCGAUGAUGAUGUCUCCCCCAAGCAGUCCAAAACUUCCCCCAUAGCCAAGACGUCAUCCAAACUCUUCUUCAUCAAUCGUUUUAAGAGCAAGAAACAGAAAGCCAAUGGAGCUAGUGCAAUGGAAACGCCGCAAAGCCCCAACCUGUCUUCUCGUUUGCCCGAGCUGGAUCCCAAGUACGCUCCGGACACUCUGGGAGACGAAGGCUUUUUCGACCUUCUUACUCGCUUUCAGGGGAACCGCAUGGACGACCAGAGGUGCUCCUUACAGGGUGGCGGCUUAAGCCGUGGCUCCUCCCCUUCCCCUUGUGACACCCCACCCAUAGCUGUGAGAAAGCCUAUUUCAACAUCCGAAGAGGCGGCUUCGGCUCAGCCCGGCCACUUCCUGGACCUGUUGGCCAGCUCCCAAAACCGGCGACUGGACGAGCAGCGGGCGAGCAUGAGCGCACUGCCGGGGUUACUGCUGGACCAGAACAACAGCCAGGCCAUGCUGAGUCAGCUCAUCGCCAGCGCUGACAGCAAGGAGCCGGAUGACGACUUCUUCGACAUACUCAUCAAGUGUCAGGGUUCCCGGCUCGACGAUCAAAGGUGUGCUCCUCCGCCUCCCCCGACGCGAGGACCCACGGUCCCAGAUGAAGACUUCUUCAGCCUCAUCUUGCGCUCGCAGGCCAAACGCAUGGACGAGCAGCGCGUCAAUCUGCCCUCCGACUCCGGACCCACGCCGCUGAACCCUGACUGAAGCCGUGAUGGAGACGUGGCGAGACACCCGGUUUUUCCUAACCGGCAAGGUUUUCUCCACAAACAAAUAAAACGAGCCAGAAAUCUUCUCUUGGAGUUGCGGCGUCGGACUCUUGUCCCGUUUCUCUCUCUGUAAACUUGGAGCGGUAACGGAGCAUCCCGUCAGUACGGCUGCAGGUCAGUACGGCACCGGCUCACUUCCACACCGCCAUCACUAAACGUAGUUACGUUCAGUUUUUAGCUCAGAAUUCGCCUCGUCUUGCUGUACUGCAUCAGUGCUGCAUCAAACUGUUUCUCAAGUCCUUUCUCUCCAUCGGCUCGUCCUCAGGGUUAUUUUUUACACUGACUUCGAUCUCGCGAUGAUUCAGCUCUCCUGACAGCUUCCUAGCCGUUCUACAUCAUGAUCUGUGUUUUUUUUAUAUAUAUUAUAAUAUUUCGUAAGUCUGUAUAAAGCUUAACUGUUACUAACUUUAGAAAUUGUUUUAGAUUGUUUUUUAAUAAAAAAAAAACAGGUACUUUAGACUUUUUUUUUUUUCCAUCUUUAGAAACUUUGGUGAGAAAUGAAUUCAUGUGAUUAGUCACUUGUCUGUUUUUUCGUAUGUUUCGGAAAACGGUAAUAAAACCUGGACUUUACCUAAAACUUCA